AUGCAAAGCAACAUAUAUUUGAUUUCAAUUCGAAUCGAUGGCGAAUCAAUCAAUGGAACAACAGAAGUAAGUGAAAAAACUCAUUGUUCACAUGUUCAGACAUUGUUUCCAACGAAAGCAGAAAUCAAUCCAUUCAAAUAUCAUUAUUUAUGUAUUCAAAAUUCCAGUUUAUUCUGUUUCGUAGACGAAUCAUAUAUAUGUAUUUGUGCUGAAAAUCAUAAUCGAACAGAAUGCUUUGGUUAUGAUCAUAAUCUUGAUCAAUGUUUUUCUUGUCUUGCUGGUGGUUUAUGUUUAAAAGAAGAUCGUAUGCAAACAAAAUUUUUAUGGCUGUGUCCACAAUGUUACUAUGGUAGUUCAUGUCAGUUUAAUAUCGAAGGUAUUAGUUUUACACUUGAUUCAUUGAUUAUUCAAGUUAAUCUCACUAUUCGAAU